CCCACCCAGCAAGAAAUAAAUAAAAAUAAAAGCGGGGGGGAAAUAGAAAUUACUUCCGAUCUAAAUUCCUUCGUCGAUCCCCCUCGGCAGAGAGAGAGAGAGAUGGGGUUGACGUUCACGAAGCUCUUCAGUCGCUUGUUCGCGAAGAAGGAGAUGAGGAUCUUGAUGGUGGGUCUCGAUGCCGCCGGUAAAACCACGAUCCUUUACAAGCUGAAGCUUGGAGAGAUCGUCACCACGAUCCCUACCAUCGGAUUCAAUGUGGAGACUGUUGAGUACAAGAACAUUAGCUUCACUGUUUGGGAUGUCGGGGGUCAGGAUAAGAUCAGACCUUUGUGGAGGCAUUACUUCCAGAAUACGCAGGGUCUUAUUUUUGUUGUUGACAGCAAUGACAGAGAUCGUGUUGUUGAGGCAAGGGAUGAGCUUCACAGGAUGCUGAAUGAGGAUGAACUGAGAGAUGCUGUGCUGCUUGUGUUUGCAAACAAACAGGAUCUGCCAAAUGCGAUGAACGCUGCUGAAAUUACUGACAAACUUGGCUUGCAUUCCCUUCGUCAGAGGCACUGGUACAUACAGAGCACUUGUGCUACAUCUGGCGAGGGUUUGUACGAGGGGCUCGACUGGCUCUCCAGUAACAUUGCCAACAAGGCUUGAACUUCGUUCAUCAGGGGGCGCGGCGAGAAUGUAAAACAAACUUGUACGGCUUGUUAAUCUCUCCGGACGUCUUGGUUUUCGUGUCGAUGUGGGUGGUGAUCAUGUUUGGAUUGUUGUUCGUGUUUCUUGCUUUAUUGCUUUAUUGCUUAGGUCUUCUACGGUUAUGGAACCUUCACUGUUUUGUAGCAUUUGGCUUGUGAUGUAAUUAGUUUACAUGGUUUUCUGAUAUAUCAUCCUUGCUAUAUAAUUGUCAUCAUUGCCAUGUGAUCA